GCAAAAGUUAGGUUAUAACAAAUGUCAUACUUUUGUUGAAUGUUGGCAAAAAGAAAAUAAAUUAGAAAUUUGUUUACGUGGAGUAAAUUGUUAAAACAAUAAGUUUAUAAGUAAUGUAAACAAGAGAAUUGCUUAUUCGACAAAAAAAUGCUUGUCUAAAUUCUGGUUUCAAUUAGACAAUAUAGGCGUGAUAAGAGGUGUCGAAGAUGGAGGAAAUGCCCAUGUUAAUAACGUUGUCCCUUGUGAUGCUUGUGGGAUCGUUUUUGGCCGGCUCCAUACCGCUAUUUUUCAGUUUCUCUGAGGAUAAACUGAAAAAAAUCACAGUUUUUGGAGCUGGACUAUUAGUGGGCACUGCUUUGGCCGUAAUUAUACCUGAAGGUGUAAGGUCUAUGAUCUCGGAACAAGAUGUUAGCCACGCUCACAACGAGUCCACCAACACGCAUGAACCUAGUGAUCCUUUGUCUGUGAUAGGAAUUAGUUUAGUUGCUGGAUUUAUUUUUAUGUUGAUUGUUGAUCAGGUUUCUCAGAGUAAAAAUGAAAACCUAAAUCCAUCAGAACGAAAUGUAACGGCCACAAUCGGAUUGGUAGUACAUGCAGCUGCUGAUGGAGUAGCUCUAGGUGCCGCGGCCACAACAAGUCAUGCAGACGUAGAGAUAAUCGUCUUUUUAGCUAUAAUGUUGCACAAGGCCCCCGCAGCAUUUGGUUUAGUGACUUACUUGAUGCACGAGGGCAUAGAAAGACAGAGAAUAAGGAAACACUUGUUAAUAUUUGCCUUGGCCGCUCCUAUUUUAACUGUCAUUACGUAUUUUGGUAUUGGACAAAAGGGAAAAGAAACUUUAAGUUCUUAUAAUGCUACAGGUAUUGCUAUGUUGUUUUCUGCUGGUACAUUCCUCUACGUCGCCACCGUUCACGUUCUAGCUGACUUGACGCAACACUCUCAACAAGGUCAAUACUUGAAAGUUCCUCAAUCCUUGGAAACUGGCAAAGUUUCGCAGCCUCAUCCUGCCGCCCUCAAACCUAAAGAGUUGCUAUUUUUAGUUUUCGGUUGUGUAUGUCCUUUGUUUUUGACUGUCGGUCACCAUCAUUAGUGUAAGAACUAAACUGAACAUGGGUGAAAGUGUGGAACAUCCAAAAUGAUCCUUUCAACACACUAUCCCAGAUCCAGGGAUAAUAAACCAAGUUAUGGUCAAUUUUCAAGAAUGUUAUUCAUUUCUGGAUCAGGGCUAGUAUUGCUCACAGAUCUUUAAUUGAUGUUUUUGGUAGUCAAUGGUACGUAACCUAAAUUGUUGCAUUUUUAUAAUUCAUGAUAAUGUAUAAGAAAAAAAUACUUUUUUAAAAUAAUCAGUAGGACAUUAUAAGAUGAAAUAAUUAUUAAAUAAGUUUUGUUUUGUUAAAAUAUUAAUAUAUUUUGACGCAAUUUUUAAAGUAUACAAUAUAAUUUUUUAUAGUGCCAAUUUUUCCAAAAAAAAAUAUUUUCCAUUCGUUUUAUGUUUAUGUAUAUAUUUUUGUAAAUUAUUUAUUUUUUAAUAAAUAAGUCAAAAAGA